AUGACGAAAGACCCAAUUCCUAUUGAUUUUACUCUUCACCAUCCCGGAAACUUAUAUGAAGGGUUUCUGAAAAAGAAGGGUAAAAACCUCAUCAAAAAGGCUCCUCUUCGUUAUGUCGUGAUUCGUAAUGAAGCCAUCUAUUACUUUAGUACAAAAAAGGAUGAAAACUCUCAGGAACAGCCAGAUCUCUCUUCUUGCCUCGGAUUUAUUAACGUUAAGGAUCUAAAAAGUAUUACAGGAGAUGAAUCCGAUCACAAAAUUACCAUUGUUGCUGAAAAGAAAUCAAAAACCAAACAAUUUGUCUUUUAUACGGAAACUAAGGACUCUUAUACACAAUGGUUGAGUGAACUGAAAAAGUGGUAUUCCAGAAAAGAGUUCUUCUCUUCAAUGCCUUCUGCGGUGGGUGGAUUGUCUACAUUUUCAAGUGGUGUUUCUGCCAUGUCAGGAUCUUCAAAGAAAUCAGGAACUACUGAAGAAGGUGUUUCACCAUCCGUGGUGAGUAAUAAUUCAGAGAUCAAAGCUUCAUCGAGUCGAAGUCGAUUCACUAUAAGAAGUCACCAAGGUGGAGAUUUAGCUCAAAAUUUGAAUCCAAGUCCUGUAUUUAAUGUCACAUCUGGUGCUACUGCAACGAGUACGACGAGUGGUGGUACGAGUGGAGUUACACCAGUUUUAUCUUCCUCUCCAACCAAUCGAGAACUUUUACUGAAACCUUCAAAGAAACAUGUAGUGGAUGAUGAUGUCGGAACAGAGACAGUCAUUUCCGAUGAUGAAUCGGAAGAAAUUGAUGACGAUGAAGAUCAUGACGAUGUAAUGAGCACAGGUGCAAAGAGUGGUAGUUCUACAAGAUCCAGAGGCAACAGACGGAGUGCUAAAAAAGAAGGAAAUUUAUUGGAACUUCUCAAUUCCAAGAAUUUAGAAGAUGCUAGUUUCCGAAGACACUCUGUCAUGUUGGAUAAAUCGGAUCGCUCCUCCUCUGUUGUAAAAUUUAACUUGAUGGAACAAUCGUCCAUCCAUUCAGGAAGUAAUGUAAGAAAGAAUGAUGAAGAUCAAUUUGACAAGAGACGUUUCUUGAAUAUCAUGUCCAUCUUCCCAGUUGAGAAGGAACACUCUCGUUAUUUUGAUGACGGUAAACGUGUCGACUUGACAACAACCAUUCCUGAAGUGAAAGAAUGGGAACAAGAAUUGAUUAACUUCGAAACAAAGAGAGCUCAAAAAUCAGACAAACAAAAUGGGAAUACGAUGGCCUUGUCUUCUCUGGUUCCUCAUGAUUUUGCAGAUGCAAAAGAAAAAUGCAAAGAAACAUUACAACAAGAAGACAAAUUCUGCUAUUGGUCUCAUGAAGUCAUUUGGUUUAACCCAAGAGCAUAUGGAAAGAAUCAAUACAAGGAAGCAUUAUUGGUAUUGGGAAAUAGAAAUGUCUACAUCAUUGACGCUAAAAGCUUCAAAACUGAAACCAAAGUCAGAAUUAAUGACAUUUAUCAUAUUGUCCAAUCUGGCUAUGAAGACGACAUUGUUGGAAUUAUUCGAAAGGACAGAGAAGAACAAUUUGAUAUUUUAUUUCAAUUCACUGAAACCAAGAGAACUAAAUCUAGCGAUGACACAUCUAUCACGGUUGAAGAUGAAGAACGCAUUCGAGGAAAGUCAUUUGCAGAUUCUCGCUCGGAGGCCUUCAAAGAACAAGAGAAUGAAAUAUACUUGAAGAAGGUUGAAUUCUUUGAUUAUAUUUCUGCCGUCUAUGCGUCACAGAGAUCCUCUCCACUGAAAAUUUUCUUUGUUCUUGAUGUAAAAUCUGUGUGCAGAACGGAAGAAAGAGAAGAGCCGUUCGAUUUGAAUCCCAAGAAUAUUUUGGAAUCAACAUCCAUUUUGCAAAUUGACAAAAGACAUGAUUUUAUCAAACUCUAUCAAGAACCCACAAGAUGUAAAGUCAUGAGUGAAUUUGGUGACAAACAAGUUUUCUUUGCUGGAUUGCUUGGAAAGAAGAACAAGAGAAACAAGUACCAAAAUCGUACGAUUGUCAUUACAAACCGAGCAUUGUAUCUCUUUGAUCCAAAGAAGCAAAAAUCAUUCAAGAGAAGAAUCAAGUUAUCUGAAAUUUCUAGAGUUUACAGAAACAAGAAAAAGGGAGUCUUAAUUGACGUUCCUAGUGAAUAUCCUCUUUGUUUAGUUCCCAAACAAAACAUGGAAGUUUUUGAGGACUUUGUUAACGUCUUGUCUUCUCUCUAUUUCGACAAUGACCUCGUUCAACAUGUAAAAGACAACGAAUUUGAUUCGUUCGACUUGGAGAAAUCUCAAGUCUUUAAAGAAAAGAUGAACGAAACUGAAGAUGUUCUCUUUGUUCAAACUCAACUCAGAAAUGCUAUCUUCAACAAAGAUGUAAAUCAAGUGAGAGAAUAUUUGGCAUAUGCAGAUGCAUUGGUUGGAAAGAAAGAUCAAACAGAAACCAAUAGUCUUAGAGAUCUGAGAAUUCAAGCUAGUGAAUUCUUGGGCGACAUUCAACUUCAAGAGUUUAUCAAGGAAAAGCUUCAAGCUGCUUUCAUAAACAAGGACUUUUUGGAAAUGAGUAGAAUGUUAGAGCACAUUGAAACUAUUAAGAAAGAACGAGGCGAAGCUGAAAUUUGCAAGUCACUCUCUGAUUAUUUGAAGAGUAUCAAGACCGAGAAGGAUAUUGUCAUCAACAAACACUUGUUGUUGACAAGAAUUGAAUUUUUACUUGAAUCUGGAGUUGAUCAAGAAAAUGAAAGAAGAAUCAUGCAUGCAGUUGAUAUUGCAAAAAGAGCAGGUUUCGUCAGAGAAGUUGAACAAUACAAACAAGAUUAUGACAGAGAAAAACAAAAGAUUUACAUUGAUCAACAACUUGCCGAAAUUCUUGACAGAAAAGCUAAAAGUGCCAGUUUAGACUCUGAUGCAGAUCGUUUGAUUUGCCUUAUUGAGAAUUCAAAAUCUCUUGGCAUCUAUGAAGGAAAAAUUCAAAAAAUCUUUGAAGAAAACACCAAAGCAUUCAUUACCAACAAAUCAAACAAUCACAAUUUCAAGAUGGCCAUCGAACAAACAAGAAAGGAUAUCGAAAGCAAUCAUGCCAAGUUGAAAAAAGAAAUUGAGAAAGUUCAAAGUAAUGCUGAAGGGUACACAAACAUUGACAAGGCAUUGGUAGAAGAAGCUAAACAAGUGAUUCAAGAAAUUGAAGAAAUUAGAAAGUAUCAACGAAAACUUCAUGCAAUUUUGGACAAGACAGAAAAGAAAAAGUACACUCUUGAAGAAGCUCAAGUCCUCAUUGAAAAGUGUAAAAAGAAAUUGAACCACAAACGAAAAGGUUACGGUGAAACUAAAGAUUACAGAGAAUUGUUAAAACGUACCAACAAUACGUAUAACGAGUUGAAGAGAGAACUCAAAAAGAUUUACAAACAUGAAGCUGCCAACACUGCAGAGUUACUUAGAAAACUUCUUGAACAACAAGAAUAUGGCAAACUUCAAGAAAAACUCAACCAAAUUAAUACUUUAUCAAUCAAGGCAGCUCUCGUAGCAGAAUUCCCUGAACUUCAAAAAGUGAUUGAUGAAGUUGUUGACAAUUUGAAUACCUAUGAUUUCAUGUCAAGGUUGAAAGGUGACAAUGUCGAAGCAGCAUACACUUACUUGGACGUUGAAAAAGUGUUAAAAUUCAAAGAUUUCGCAGAGAGAAAUCCUCAAUAUCUUACAGAAGACCAACAAAUGUCUUUGGCUAGAAUUGAAAAGAAGGUUGCUACUGAAUACAAAUAUUACAAUGAAAUUCUGGAAGAGAAGAAGAGAUUCAAGGAUAUUUCUGCAGAAAUUGUUAAUUUCCAAAGAGUUGAAAGUCUUCUUGAGCAAGUUUCUGAUAUUCCUUCUCUUCACAAAGAAGCAGGUGAAUUGGCAGAUUUGGUGAGAAGAAAGAAGACAUUCAACCAAUAUGUCAGAGAUAUUCAAAAACGUAAAACUCAAGGCAAGAAUUAUGAUGAUAUUAUGAGAAAAGCAAGCAAAGAAGAUUUUGAUGCCAACAUCAUCAUUAGCGCUAGAAAAGAUGUUAGAAAGCUUCAAGAGCUUAUCAGUAGAAAUGCAGAAACUAUGCCAAAGAACUUACUGAAAAUUGCUAAUGCCAAAUUGAACAAUUUACGACGAGAGAACAUGACACCUUUGGAAUUAAUUGAACAAAUCAACAAUGCUAUUGAUGUGAAUGCUAAGGAAGAAUUAAUAAGUGCUGUUGAAGUAGCAAACAAAUUAUUGAAAGAGGAUAUUGCUGAACAAUCCAAAUCUCAAUUAUCAACAGCUAUUGAACGAGCCAACAGAACCAUAAAGUCGAUUAAUGACAAUGAAAAUAUUGUCAAGGUCAAACAAUUCUCAAGUGAAUUUAUCAAACAAGCAAUGCAUUGUGACGAAUUGGUGGAUUUGGAACUCGAAAAUGAAGACAGCUUCAAACUCACAAGAAAACUUCGCCAAGUGCAAGGCUUGACUGAUUAUUCCUCAAUGACGCAAGAGGGAAAACAAAAGUAUUUGUUUGAAGUAUUCCAAAGUAAGAGUAUUAACACAGAUAAUGAACUUCUCCAACGUCUCACUUAUCAUGUGAACAAAUUGAGAGCGUUCUGUGAAGCAAAGGAAGGUUUAGGAGAAGAGGAAGAAAAAUACACAGUCGAAAGAGACAAUGUCUUUGGACAGAACUUGAUUAAGGUCUUGUAUGAUAUUCUUAAUCACAAAACUAAGAAGAGAUUCUUUUAUCUGUCCAAAGAUCCAUAUGAAAUCUUAUCUGGUUUGAAGAACAACAAUGAAUUUAUCCUCAAGUUGGUUGAUACCUUUGAUUCUAACGAUUUAGUGAAGCGUCUCAAGAAGGAAAAGAAGAGCGACGCACUGUCUGUACAAUUCAUUUAUUAUUUACUCUCUCAAAAGGCAUUCAUGUUUGUGGUCGAGCAAUUAUUAACUUCGGAUGACUACUUGAAAGAAUGUUAUGAACUUGAUUCUGUUAUUCUCGACCGAAGAUAUAGAGAUGAUAUUUAUCCACUCAUGUCACUAUUGAACAUGUUUAAAUUCGAAUUUACUUUGAGCUCUUCGACUGAUGUACUUGCAGCCUCUCCAAUCUCUAAAUUGAAGGGUAUUGUGAGAGCCAUUGUUCAUUACUUUGUUGCUAACCGAGCAGAAACUAAAUCUAACUUGGAACUUAGCGGAAAAGAAACUUGGGAAAAGAGUCAGAUUGGCAUUCUGAUUCGACAAAAAUUGGUGCCAACUCUUGCAGAAAUUUUAAAUCACAAAUUCAAGAGCGGAUUCAUUUCCAAGUAUCAUAUUUGGCAAUUUAUUCAAGAUGUUGCCGAACAAAGAAGAAUAAGUGCAAUUGAUAUUGGAGGUAUCCAUUUGCCAGCCGCUGUUGAUGCUGUCAACAACAACACCAGUGACAGUCUUGAUUUCAAUUUCAAGUUCGAGAUGUUUGUCUGUUAUGCAUUGAAUAGAGGAUUACUUGCAGAAUUCUUUGAAAGUAUCCUCAAGGAUAGAUCUUUCCUCAAUAAGUACUACGAUCAGUAUGCUCUUGUUUUAGACAGAGAUGUCAUCGGCAAUAGUGUCAAAUAUUUUGAAAUUAUUUCACAGUUACCCUUCGAACUCAUUGAAGAUUCUGCCAAGUAUUACGAAAAAUAUCCCAAACAACAGUAA